AUGAAGCCUUUACUGCAGUUUCCUCUGGACUCUCCUCAUCCUCCUCAUCCUCAUCAUCCUCAUCAUCCAGCCUCCGGCCUCUUCCACAGCUUCCACACAAUGGACCCACUGCAGAAGGCUAUGAUGUCACAUACGUUCGGACCUCUGCUCAGAACCAAGCGGCCGGUGAUCUCCUGCAACAUUUGUCAGAUACGGUUCAACUCAGAGAGUCAAGCUGAGGCGCAUUACAAAGGGAACCGUCAUGCACGCCGUGUCAAAGGCAUCGAGACGAAGAGCUCUCAGAACCCUAACCCUGAGUGGCGAGCAGCGAGCCCGGACUCAGACAGACACGAUGACAGUCAGUGCUCCCCCAGCUCCACUCCUCCUUUCAGCCCUUCAGACUCAGACCUCCCUGCCUCUCCCCCCUCUCCGGCCCUCGCUGUGACCCCUGUGGACCCCUCCACGGCCCUUGCCUCCUCCUCUGCAGAGUCUGAGGAGGAGAAGACCAAGAAGCUGCUCUACUGCACUCUCUGCAAAGUGGCCGUGAACUCACUGUCUCAGCUCGAGGCACACAACAAAGGAACCAAACACAAGACAAUCCUAGAAGCUCGCCGCGGCCAGGGACCCAUCAAAGCCUAUCCCCGGCUCUGUCCCUGGACCGGUCCAGACCACGACUUGGGUUCAGACCCAAAUUCUCAGGAACGCACCUUUCACUGUGAGAUCUGCAACGUCAGAGUCAACUCAGAGAUGCAGCUCAAACAGCACAUUUCCAGUCGGAGACAUCGGGAUGGAGUCGCAGGAAAACCCAACCCUCUCCUGAACCGCCACAAGAAGCCCACAGACUUUAUGGAGGUGCCCACAUCUCUCGGCCUCCUGCCUCCUCCUUUGGCCAUGGCAGCAGCGAUGGCUAGUCUCAGUCCUGCAACGCACCACCACCUCCUGCAAGGGGCGCCGCUGAGUCUGCUCCGACCUGCUCCAGGCCCUAUCCGCAACACACAUGGACCCAUCCUCUUCUCUCCAUACUGA